AUGAGUGUGGCCUUUACUUUCCUGCUGAGCUUUUUGAUAGCGAGUGGUACAUGUCUACCCGAAGCCCAACCACCAACCAUCGCCAACUCUGUAUAUCAAGAGACCAGCUCUGUGCUAUCAUUUCCGAACCCCGAAAAAAGAACCACGAACCAGCCCUGCGCUGGAAAUACCCCGGAUAAUCGACAGCAAUGGUGCAAUCAUGACCUCUAUACAGACUACACAACCACAGUCCCCGACACAGGGAUAGUGCGAGAGUUCUGGUUCGACCUAACCCAAGCCAACCUCGCACCAGACGGCCGCGAGCGAUGGACCCUCACCAUCAACGGAACAAUCCCAGGCCCAACCAUAAUAGUCGACUGGGGCGACACUGUGGUCAUCCGCCUACGAAAUAAACUACCCUCCACCGUCCACAACGGCACCAGCCUCCACUUCCACGGCAUCCGCCAACUACACACGAACCCUAUGGACGGCGCAGUCUCCAUCACCCAAUGCCCCAUCGCACCAGGCCAGACCAUGACAUACCGCUGGCGAGCCACGCAGUACGGAACGACCUGGUACCAUUCUCACAUCGGACUUCAGACAUGGGAGGGUGUCUUUGGCGGAAUUAUCAUCAAUGGGCCCGCCAGUGCGAACUACGACGAGGACAAGGGUGUGAUUUUGUUGAAUGAUUGGGAUGUAAGGACGGUGGAUGAACUUUGGGAUGCUGUGCAAGUAUCCGGACCGCCGACGGUGGAUAACGCGCUUAUCAAUGGGACGAAUGUUUUUGGUGAAGAUGGGAUGGAUCAAGUGGGACGGCGAUUUACGAUGUCGUUUACGAGGGGGAAAUCGUAUCGAUUGAGAUUGGGGAAUGCGGCUUGUGAUACGCAUUUCAAGUUUAGUAUUGAUCAUCAUGUUUUGAUGGUUAUUGCGGUGGAUUUGGUGCCUAUUCAGCCGUAUACCACGAGCGUGCUGGAUAUUGCGAUUGGACAAAGAUACGAUGUCAUCGUUCACGCCGACCAGUCUGCUCUAGUCAAUGCCUUCUGGCUCAGGGCCACGCCCCAACUAUCCUGCUCCCAAAGCCUCAAUGCAGACAAUGUCCGCGGUAUAAUCUACUACAACGAUGAAAACACCAACCCAACCAUUAUCCCCAAUUCCACGGCCCGCAACUUCACAGAUAGUUGCCGCGACGAAGACCCCUCCAAUCUUAUCCCAAUCAUCCCCCAACCAUUCGACCUCACCCCAUCAGAUUACUUCUACAACGAAAGUCUCCCUGUUACAAUAUCCAAGAUAAACUCUUUCUACCGAUGGCACCUCAACGGCACAUCUUUCUCCCAAAACUGGACCCAGCCAAGUUUACGAUAUCUACACAAUUCAAAUUCAAAUCACGCAUCAACAGGAAAAUCAAGUUCCACUUCUUGUUUGGAUAAGCUUUCCCUGCCGACGAAUAGUAUCAUCACCCCCAAACCUGAGACGUGGGUUGUCAUUUUGAUCGAGAGUACUCUUCCCGUUUCCCAUCCUAUCCAUCUGCACGGGCAUGAUUUUCUCAUUGUGGCUCAGGGAUCGGGUUCUUACGCUGGACCUGAACAUACGGCUGGAUCUGUGGCUAUAUCAUACCCUGCCGACACGCUGCCGAAACGCGAUACAGCUCUACUCUCGGCGGGGGGACACCUGGUAUUAGCCUUUCGCACUGAUAACCCGGGUGUGUGGCUGCUGCAUUGUCAUGUUGGAUGGCAUCUAGAGCAAGGGUUUGCCGUGCAAAUUGUUGAGCGAGGGGAGGAAGUUUGCGAAUUAUUAAGUGGUGAUACCAAGAGAGGGUGGGCCGAGUGGGCUGGAAGUCUCGAAGAGAACUGUCUUAUUUGGGAGAAGUAUGAGGGGAGCUUGCAGGGGGUAGAGAAUGGGUCUGGGGUCUGA